AUGGCUGAUUUGGGUUUUGGCAUUGCCGGCCUCGUCGGCACUAUUGAUGCGUGUAUCAAGGUCGGCCAAUUUCUGGUUCAAGCCUAUAAAGACUACAACCAGGCUGACAGUAAGGUUAACGAACUCUCAGUUCGGAUUCAGAUCUGCUGGUCACGCAUCGUCAGCCAGUUAGAGAUUAUAAAAAAGCUAGAGAGUGGAAUGACCGAAGAACAGCGAGAUCUUCAGUCAAGAUUUCUACGCAUCCUACAAUCCAAGUUGGACGCCGCAAUGGUUGUGAUAUCAAAACCUGACGGACAUGCAGACUCAAAAAGAACCAAGGCACUGCAUUUCUUGAAUCUUCGUGAGAGUCUUGAAAGUACCGUUUCUGAACUUGAAUCAUGGCAGCGGCGCUUUGAACCUUCAUGGUUCGAGGUCAUCAAGACAGGUCCUUCCGCUAUUGAUGGAGUGUUACACGACGCAGCUCGGAGCAGAGCCCAUGACGUUGAUCAGCCAGCUCGAGAAGCACGGAGAUUCCGCCGAGCUUUCAACGAAAGUCAGUCCGUUAUGCUAGGGGAAAAAUCACUCGACACCCUGAAGAGAGCGUCGAUACCCUUCUGCAAAGCGGAAGUAGCCGUCGAAGAAAAGGAAGGCAAACACUACAUUAUCGAUACAAUCUCUCAGGAUAUAGUCAAGCUAAAGCAUGCUCGUGAACUAGCCAUAAGGCUCCGAGACUCUAAUCCCUUUACGUUCGGUACUCUAAAGUAUAAAGGGAUUGUGCGAAAGCAAGAGCAGUCGUCUCUUAUUAUUGUUUUCCGAGUCCCUGAUGGGUACUCUAGGGUUUAA